CUGUGUAUGACACUGCCAAUAUUUGGUGCAGAGUCGUCACGGAGUGCGAACAAGUUUGAUGUUGGGUGGACUGAGAUUAUCUAACCGGAUUAGGAGCAUCCUCAGCAGCAUUUUCAAAAUAUGGAUUUACUGGCUACUGGUAGAGAUUGGUAACCAACUGUGAUACCAGCAUGAAUUACCAACAGAAACAAGCACUAAACAAUUUCCACGUUUUGGAAUGAGCCAAAUUUAUAGGAAUGCAGUCUGAGUUGGACUUGAAUGAAACGACCAUCGCUAGGUACAUACGCGCUAGGUACAUCGCAAGGUACGUGGUACGGUAGCUUGAUGUUACAGCCUUGAGUAAGACUACGUCAAGUCCGAUGUCGUUGUAACAAUCGCUAUGGAUGUAACAAGAGGAAACGUAGGUUACGUUACGUUAUAUUCAGCAUCAAGUGCAGCAUGGGAGAGUACACAACCAGUGAAUAAUACUCAAGAAAACGGAGGCUCAACUAUGGGUGUAGUCGACCUGACUAUUAUAGGCAUAAUACUUUGCCUGUGUAUGUUACUGAUUGUAUUUGGUAAUACAUUAGUCAUUGUAGCAGUCUACAAAGAUCGUUCUUUGCGAAGAAGCAUUACUAAUUAUUUCAUCGUAUCUUUGGCAUUUGCUGAUUUACUUAUUGGCAGUACUGUUGUUCCAAUCUCCAUCUUUGAUACUUUAAAUGGUGGAAUUUGGAUCUUUGGAGGUGUAAUUUGCGACCUAUGGCACGCAUUGGACAUACUGAGUUGUACAGCUUCAAUAUUGAACUUAUGCGUUAUCUCAUUAGACCGGUUUUGGGCUGUGACACACCCAUUAAGUUAUCCGCGAAGAAUGACCAAAAAGGUUGCUUUAAUUUUUAUUGUUUUAGUCUGGUGCUGUUCAGCUUUUAUAUCGUUCCCUUGUAUUGCAUGGUGGCAUGCUGUUGAGGGACCAAUGGCAGAUAAUACUUGUACAUUUCCUUCGGAUGCCUUCUAUCUUGUACUGUCUUCAUGCGUGUCUUUCUACAUACCAUCCAUCAUAAUGCUGUUUAUGUACUUUCGGAUCUACCGAGCGGCUGCAGCACAGAUGCGCCACAUAAGAUCAGGUACCAAGUUGGUUUCAACAGGAAAAAACAAUUGCAAUAACGAAUCAAAUGGUACAGUAUCACUACGGAUCCAUCGUGGAGGAGGAGCAUCAGUGAAUGGAACAGGUAACAAAAGAUAUUCAGUAGCAACUGAUUCCAGAACACAAGCCAAUCAAAUACUUGGAAGGAGGUUAUUAUCAAGAAUGAAUCGAGAACAUAAAGCAGCUAAAACUCUCGGGAUUGUAGUGGGUGUCUUCAUUGUUUGUUGGUUGCCAUUUUUUGUGGUAAACGUUGUUGGACCGUUAUGUCCAAUAUGUAUAUCUGCACCACAUAUCGUAAUGCCCCUUUUGACAUGGUUAGGGUAUGUUAACAGCGCCCUUAAUCCAGCCAUUUAUGCCUUCACAAAUAAAAGUUUCAAAAGAGCAUACAAGAAGAUUCUUUGCCGUUGUGGAUCUCGCCAAAAAGGACACUUCUUAAGUCGAGAUGGAACUACAUUUAUGAGCAUUGAUUCAACGUACAACAUGGCCGAUAUGGGCCCAACAACGCCACCGUAACAAUUUCAUAAGAAAACUCAAUUGAACUAACUCAAAGCUAACAAGAAAGACAUGUUUUGCAACUUUUUGUACGCAAAUUUACUUUAUCUGUAGUCGAUUAUUUGAAAUCACUGACCAAAAGUAAAAAGAGUCUUCACGUUUUGUUUCACAUUCUUCAUAUUAUUUUGAUUGUUUGUUCGUAAUUUCGUCAACGUUAAAAACAAAAUGUUUUAAUCUUUAAUGCUUGAUAGCUCAUUUAUGUAACGGUAAACAUGGUUUAAAAAAAGGGAAUUUGGAAUCAGAUUGGUUAUAGUAUUAUCCCUCUUUUCCUGUUGUUGAUCAGAUUUGUCACGUUUUUUUUGUGUGUUUGAAUUAUUUGUUUGUUAUAACAAGUUAAAAACCUGUGAUAUUUGAUAUUUUACAAAAAUGACACAUUUGGAAAGAUCAGGGUAAACUUUAACUUUUCUAACAGUGCCAAAAAAUGAGAAACAAACCAAAAAACAAAUCUUUAUUAUAUGUACGCAUCGGUGUAUAUGGGUAGAAACCAAAAUGAAUAUUCUUGAUCCCCGAUGCAAAUUUGACAUAUUAUAUUAAAUAGUUAAUAAUGUACUCAUAACUUGACUAAUCGUCCAACCUUAUCCCGAUUUUGACUUGUUUCGGUUUCGGUUUAAACUAAUCCUGAAAAGAACUUAAUUACUUCCGAUAAAAAUAGGUUACCUUUUGAACCAUGCAAUUAUUUUAAGAUUGAUUAGACGAUUGUUUUAAAUUAAGACAUGAUAUUACUUCAGUAUUGAAAGCUUGCAACAUUGCAGAAUAAAUGUUGGAUACCAGAAUGUUUGAAUGUGGAAAAGUGUCACAAAGCAGACCAUUGUUCACACAGCCUUGGUUUAAAUAACACAUAAUAUUCAAAUGGUUUACAAAAAGGAUGAUUGUGCCCUGAAAAGUUGUGUUGCACGCUUUCAGAAAAUUAAUGAGUAAGUUUGCUAAUUAGAACAGAAUAUUUUUAAUAGUUUUGUUCCUCAAGGAAUUCUUCAAUUCUUUCGAUGACACAAAACACUAAUUAUGCAUACAUAAUUAUUCAAGACCAAUUACCCCAAUGUUAAGUUGGUUAUACGCCUCUCUUAAUACUUAUGCAUGACGUCAUAACUCUUACCCAAAAUGAGGCUAU